AUGCUCCAGGUUCGCGCGUCCCCGACCUUCCUCCCCUCCACCACCUCCUCCUCAUCGCAGGCGCCGACGCCCUUCCCGUUCUCGGGGAAGAGCAAGCGGCGCAGUGGGCUGGUCUCCGCGGUCGCGGCGCCGUCGGCGAACUGCGCGGUGAGGAGGUCCGUGAUGGCAGCGGCGGGGGCAGCCCCGGUGGCAGCCAAGCUCGAGGACGCCGACGCGCUCAUCGACUCCGUCGAGACCUUCAUCUUCGACUGCGACGGUGUGAUCUGGAAGGGCGACAAGCUGAUCGACGGCGUGCCGGAGACUCUUGACUUGCUCCGGUCAAAGGGCAAGAGGCUGGUGUUCGUGACCAACAACUCCACCAAAUCGAGGAAGCAGUAUGGCAAGAAGUUCGAGACGCUGGGAAUGAGCAUCGACGAGGAAGAGAUCUUCGCUUCGUCUUUUGCAGCUGCUGCGUACCUGCAGUCCAUCGAUUUCCCCAAGGACAAGAAGGUGUAUGUCAUUGGAGAGGAAGGGAUUCUGAAGGAGUUAGAGUUGGCUGGAUUUCAGUACCUCGGUGGACCCACAGAUGGAGACAAGAAGAUAGAGCUCAAGCCUGGUUUUUACAUGGAGCAUGACGAAGAUGUGGGAGCAGUUGUGGUUGGAUUUGAUCGCUACUUUAACUACUACAAAGUUCAGUAUGGGACACUAUGCAUCCGUGAGAAUCCAGGGUGCCUUUUCAUCGCAACAAACAGGGAUGCUGUCACUCAUCUUACUGAUGCCCAAGAAUGGGCAGGUGGUGGAUCAAUGGUCGGUGCAAUUCUUGGUUCAACUAAACAAGAACCGCUUGUAGUCGGGAAGCCAUCCACUUUCAUGAUGGACUACCUGGCAAAGAAGUUCGGAAUCACAACAUCCCAGAUAUGCAUGGUGGGUGACCGGUUGGAUACUGAUAUCCUGUUUGGUCAAAACGGAGGCUGCAAGACUCUGCUUGUUCUCUCAGGUGUGACUUCCCUGCAGACGCUUCAGAGCCCCGACAACUCGAUCCAGCCAGAUUUCUACACAAAUCAACUUUCAGAUUUUCUCACCCUCAAAGCAGCAACUGUCUGA